CGACGCCUUUACUGCAGCAUAGAAACAAGUGAACCAAUAGCGGGGCGUCGUGUGAGCGCGGCUAAACGGCUGUGUUGUGUGUACCUGCUUCAAUCGCGAAUAGGUCGUACGAAUCUUCCAGCAUGAGUCUCGCUUUAAGAACUGAUCCUACUGCAGACAAAGCCAAGCGCAAGAAGAGGAGAGAGCUCACAGAGGAGCAGAAACAUGAAGUUAAAGAAGCCUUUGAGUUAUUUGACACUGAUAAAGAUAAGGAGAUUGACUACCAUGAACUCAAGGUUGCGAUGCGAGCGUUGGGGUUCGAGGUGAGGAAGGUGGACGUUUUGAAGAUUCUCAAGGACUACGACCGAGCGGGAACCGGCAAAAUAUCCUUCGAUGACUUCACCGAAGUUGUGACGGAGCGCAUCCUGGAGCGAGACCCUAAGGAGGAGAUCCUGAAGGCCUUCAAGCUGUUUGACGACGACGAGUCGGGCAACAUCAGCCUGAGGAACCUGCGGCGGGUGGCCCGCGAGCUGGGGGAGAACGUCACGGACGAAGAGCUGCGCAGCAUGAUCGACGAGUUCGACACCAACGGCGACGGGGAGAUAAAUCAAGACGAGUUCCUGUCCAUAAUGACUGGUGACUCCUAACAGGAAGGCCGUGUCUCAGAAGAGUUUACCCAGACAAUGGGGCGUUUCUUCCUGGAUGUAUACAUCAUGCAGGCGGGUGAGGAACCCAGACAAAGAUGAUCUGUCAUGAUCUGUCGUUGGAGCAGCGUCACGUCAUCGCUCGUGUGCGGACUGAUGAAAAACCUUCUGUUACAGUCACUUCUGGAAUUUGGACCCCAUGUUAUGUUUAAAUGAUCCAUGACUGCCGUGGGGACUGAGCACAUUGGGACUGAACCAGGCGAUGUUUAGCCAGGCUACAUCGGCUGUGUUGUUGGUUUUGUGUCGGUUUUUACUCUGUUGAUUUACACAUAUGAUUUCAGAACAGUUGUGAAUAAAGUAAAGUAAGAUUUUUUUGGUUUAUCCAGAGUUUUGGUUUACCCAGUUGUCCUUUAUGCGGCUUUGUUGUUAUAUCUGAAUCUUUAAACGACAAUAUGCAUUUCUGUGGCUCUGUGUGAUUAAGUGAUUUUUCUCGCAACACUUUUUUUUGUUUUGUUACAAAUGUAAUUAUUUUAUACAAAAUAAAAUGUGUUAAUUUUUUGUUCAAAUGCUGUAAAGUCCUAUGAUUGGUGCUUUAAAACCGGUAUUUGGCAUCUACUUAAACUAAAUAGAUGGGGCAUUUAUCUAUGAUUAGCCGGUGCAGUUGCGUAUUUGUUUUUGAUUGUUUUAACUCCUGUCCCACAACAGUUGUUGCCACCUAAAACACAUUCCUAGAACUUCACUUUAUGUCCACACUAAAUCUGUUUCAGAGUGUGCUGAUAAGACCAUCUGUCAUUUACAACAAAACCAUGACGGGCCCACGCAUCUUCUGAAGUAUUUUUUCCCUAACCAUUGUUUGACUAUUGACUGCUGAUGUAUGUGUUUUAAAAAACAAACUGCCGUGCGUCGUCAGCUAAGCCCGAAGUGACGAUUCAACCGAACCACCAAACCUCAAAAUCGUCCCCAAAGCGCCC